GUGCUUCCCGGACCCGGGAGGAAAUUCCUGAGGCGCUCCUCACCCGGCCUGCCCGCGGAAGGAGGGGCCACCCUGCCCAGCCUCGCCGUCGCCCUUCCCGGCAAGUCCUGCCGGGGGUAGACGUGAUCCCCCGGGUUCCUGCGGGAGCUGCAGGAAGGAGAAAGGUGGAUGAGGAAAGUAGAGCAUGAGCAAGGAGAGAGAGAGAACUGAAUGGAACAGGUGAGGGGUCAGAAAAUUGGCAGGGUGGCUGUAGAAUAAAGACCAGUAGAAGAAGUUCUCCUUAGAAAACUACAGUUGAAAACAGGUCGUGUGCAGGAAAAGGUAGAUGAAUGAUGAAUCACUUCAUGAUUCUGGCAGUACUGCUCCCCCUAAGGACUUGCCACACUGCAUACUCACAGCAAGGAUCCCUUAUGUUUCCUGUAACAUACCUUAAUGUUUCUAAGGAUUUGGCUCUUCAGCAUCUGCUUGUGGAAUGGGGUGUUGACAAGUCAGCAUAUGAUGCUAAUCUAGCAAUGUCUUUUGAAAUACAAGUCCGUCGAGCAGAUGAAGCUACAGUGUGGACAGAUUUUCAUAAUGUGACACUUGAUAAAUCAGGAAAGCCUCUUCAUUGGAUAUGGGAUUCAGACUUACCUCUGGAGUGUAUGUCACACUCAGUGAGAAUCAGGAGUAAAGCAGAAGCGUCAAAAAUCUGGAGUCAGUGGAGUCCAUGGGAGACUGUCCUGGGUCUGGAUGCUUCAAAUAGUGAUGGACCAAAAAUCUUUCCAGAAGAAAAAGUUAUAGAGGAAGGCUUUGGCAUCACUCUUUGUUGCAUUGGAAGGAAAGGCCAAAUCAUACAGGAAUUCUUUCUGGAUUCAGAUGUUCAUUAUUUCAAUAAAACAAACAGACAAGUUGGACUUCUCAUUGUGAAAAAUGUGACACUUCGAGGAGCAUCUCGACAUGUCAGUGUCUACUGUAAAGAGCCUUGCAGUGAAGAACCUUGCUAUGCUCAUGCACUUUUCUUUGUGGGUAGACCACCUGAUACACCUAGUGAUUUUUCCUGCCAAACUCGAAAUAUGACAACAGUGACAUGUACUUGGAGCCAAGGAAGAGACACUUACCUUUAUGGACGUCAUUCAUCAAAACACACCUUGUUUGAAGAGUUUUCCCAAAAUUUGGUUCCAUGCACAGUAAGUUGUUCUGAGCAGUCCUCGCAGUGCUCGUGUUCUUGGGAUAUAGGCCAACAGAGGAUUUAUAAUAUCACACUGACUGUUGAAAAUGCACUGGGAAGGAAAACUGCCACGGAAGCUUUUGAUGUAACUCACAGAAUUUAUCCCCUACCACCUUUCCAGCUGUGGGAAGAAUGCACGGAUACAGAAAUCAAGUUACAUUGGAACCAUCAAAAUAAAGGAAUUGAACUCUUUUGUCAGACUGAAGUGCUCCAACCCAAUGGGAAAGCAGAACUGUACAAUGGUUCAGACACGCAGCUGCAUCAUACCAGCAUCGCCCUGGGUGGACUGCAGCCUUACACUAAAUACAUAGCUAGAGUACGUUGCGGGGCAGCAAAGAACUUCUGGAGAUGGAGUGAAUGGAGCAAAGCCCAAACCAUCAAAACAAAGGAAGCAGCUCCAUCAGGGAAAGUGGACAUCUGGAGAGAAAUUACACCAGUUCUGAGGGGGCGGAACGUGACCUUGUUCUGGAAGCAAGAACCAGGAUUUCGAGCAAAUGGAAGAAGUAUUUCAUAUGAAAUAACCUGGGAAAAAGUAGAAGACAGCUCUAAACCUGAAUGUAUCUCCCUGUCAUCAGCCUAUAAUAGCACAAGGAUUUUCAUUGAUAACCAUCCGUACAGAAUCACUAUAAUGGCAAAGAACAAUGUUAAUUAUUCACUUCCUUCAAUACUAAUCAUCCCUGGAGCUACGGGCAUUGAAAAAAUGCUCAGUGGUUCAGAGCUUAUAGAAGAGAAGGUUAAUGGUACAGAGGAUGGCAUUUUGAUUUCCUGGGAGCCCAGACAUAUGUAUGACAGCUACGUUAUUGAUUGGUGUAACUUUCCGAUGUCGCAGCCUUGUGAUUUGCAAUGGGAGAGAUUUGGGCCCAACACUUCCAGUGCUCUAAUCAACUCAGCUGCUUUUGUUCCAGGGGUAAGAUACAACUUUCGUGUCUAUGGAUCAGCUGCUAAUAGAGCCUCCUUGUUGGAGAAGAAGACUGGUUAUCUCAAGGAGCAACCUCCCGAGUUUUGCACUGAGGUGAAAAACAUUGAACUGAGUAACCAUGCAGUGACACUGUUUUGGGAUCCUUGCCCCACAAACAAGACAGACCGUGGUUUUCUAAGAGGCUACCACAUUUAUGUAUCACCCGUGCAAGAGGAUUGCAAUUUGAAAGGAUCCAAAAAGAAUGUUCAUUCAGAUGGCUCAGUACUAUGUAAAUACACAAUCGAAAACCCAGAAGAAAGGAGAUACACUGUGAAACACCUAACGUCAAACACGAAAUACAAACUAGCAGUUGUAGCAUACACUGGAGGAGGAGAGUUUCCUGAGCUUAACUUUACAUACAUAGAUACACCAUUUGACUCAGACAUGAUGUACCUUCUAGUCCUGCUAGUGAUCGUUCCUUCACUAAUAGUAGCUAUAUGUGUCUGGAAGAUGAAGUGGGUGAAGGAGUGUUGCUGUCCUGUAAUACCUAGUCCUAAUAAAAGCAAAGUGUUGUCAUUCAAAGAAUUUAAGAUUGGGUCUGAGAAAGUUCUAAAAAUAAGUGACUGCACUCCUGACACCCUAGCAGUGGAUAAUAAGGUUGAAACCCAGAAAUUACAUCUACAGAGCCUGAUGUCUUCAAUGCCAACAGAAGAACAGAAGACUGAUGUUCACAAUUCUUCCUGGGAUUAUCAUAAUGAAAAUGAAAAGGAAAAGAGGAACUUAACAUCCUCACCUAAACCUCAGACUCAUACUUGGUUUGAAAAUUUGGCUUACUCUUCUCAUCUUGCAGUUGAAUCUGACCCCUAUCAAUUGCCAGAGACACUAGAAACCAGCAAGGCAGAAGUGUCAGCAGUGCUGUACCAGCCCCAGUACUACCUCAGUAUUUUGAAUGAUGAUUCUCCCUCAUCACCCAGAGAGGCAGCUGGCAGGAAGACCAAUUUGAGAUACAUUUCACAAACAGAUGUACACUGCAUUGGGAGGAGGCUUUGAUGUAUCCUCUUUGAUUGUUUGUCCGAUGUUUGGGUUACAAAACGGAAACAGGAAUUUCUGAAACAACUGCAGCUUCUUUUAGACAGAGGCUUUCACAAGCCCAGAUGCCUUACUUCUGUUAACUGGUCAAAGCAGUUGGUUCAGGACUAGUUCAAAACCCCUGAGUUUUGCACUGGAAUGAUGCAUACUAUAGUCUGAACACAAAUUACUGUUAUUAUGUAAAAUUUGCAAGCCAAUGUUGCAUGGCCUAUAACAAGCAGAGGGAAGCACUUUUCUAGCAGAGCAGCUGUUUGUGGAGGUGUUACUGAGGCACAUAACCUUUUCCAGCAUUAACCCUUGCACUUAGCAUACUCCAGACAACUAGGUAAGUAGACACAGUAAUCAUAUGCAUACAUAUAUUAAUCCCCUUUCCGAAGAACAUCAUAUGCAGGAUCCGUAUCAGUUAGAUCUUCCACUGCUGUUUGCAUGUUUAAAAAAAGAAAAUCUUCCUCUAGCUAGCACUGAAAGACAUGCUAACUGUGAUUUCAAAACUUACCAAAACAUUCCUUUUGAUACUUACACUUUUUAUCUUGCAGCAUUUGCAGAAAAGGAAUUGAAUACCAUAGAUUUGUUGUAAGUCCCAGAAUCCAUACAGUAGGCUGAGGUAAACUUGGUCUUCUGUUAUGAUUUUUAAAAACUGUACAUUUCUAAUGAAACAGACUAGAUAGCUCGUAUCUGAAAGACCUUCAUUUCAAAAAAAUAAGUGUUAAAAAGGCUUGAAAGAUAUUCUAUAUCAAGAGCUACAUGUGUAAGGAAUUCUGAUACAGAAACUCACUCAAGAAGUCAUAUUAAAUUUCAUUUUAAAUUUCAGCAUGGUGCAGGUUAGUUGUGCCAGAGGGGAUGGCUCUAACAAGGCAUGAUUUCCUACAUCUGAGCUGCUGCUGCUUGGCUGCAGUAAUUCAGCAGAGUGAGUAAACAGACGGAUACUGGGGGAUGAAGUGAAGCAGCGAGCGCUGUCUUCAUGGUGCAGUGAGAAACUGUGGCCACUCAGGAGUUCCUAUCUCAGCUCCAGCAGAGGUGGCUCCCCUGGUCAUUCCCAGGGAGAUUCUCCGCUGAAGGCAUUUUAUAAUCUGGAGGCAAGGCAACAGUUUCCCAGGUACUGCUCUGCUUGGAGACAUGAGAAGAGGUUACUUCCUCUUUAUCUAUAAAAUGUUCUGCUUGUUGGGCCUGAUGGUUGCUGUUUCUUGAAACUGCCUGUGCUGUAAAAUAGAGGAACAAACUGUUCCAAGGGGGAUAAAGCCUUUGUGCAGGUUAAAGGAGGUAGUCAGGGCACUAGCACUAACAAUUACAAAAAUAUUUUUGACGUAAGGGUAGAGAGGCGUGUAUUUUUUGUUUCUUUUAAAGACCUAUCUUGUAUUAGUGCUUGAAAGUGAGUUAAAAAUGAAACAAGAAAUAGUCUAUCUUGUUUAUAAUUCAACUUUCACAGCUGUUGGUGAAAUGCUUAACACUUAAAAUGUAUGAAAAUCACAAUGGAAAGUAACUAAGUCUAUCAGUACUCAAAAUUUUUAAAUAAAAAUGGUGUGCAAACUA